ACUUGUCUCAAGUAAAUGAGCAGGUCUUUAUUUUCCAUCAACUAUUUUAUAGGUAUCCUAACCAAGCCUGAUUUGGUUGACAAAGGAACUGAGAAUGAGACAGUUCGUAUUGUCCGAAAUGAAAGAGUACCUCUGAAAAAAGGAUACAUGAUUGUUAAAUGUCGUAGUCAGCAUGACCUCAUUAAUAAACUGAGCUUGGCUGAUGCAAUCAAGAAAGAGAGGGAGUUUUUUGAAGAGCACAACUUUUUCAGUCCUCUUUUGGAAGAAGGCAUUGCUACCAUCCCACUUCUGGCAGAAAGGCUUACACAAGAACUCAUUGAGCACAUUCAGAAAUCACUGCCAGCUUUAGAACAGCAAAUAAAAGACAACUUCCAGAAAACAAAUGAAGAACUUCAGAAAUAUGGUGAAGGUGUUCCUGAAUCCUUGAAUGACAAGAAUAUUUUUUUGGUGAAAAAAAUCAAGCAUUUUAAUGAAGACCUCUCAAGAAUUGUACAAGGAGACGAGGAUAUACAAGAUUUAAAAGAUACAAGAACAAUUUCAGAUAUACGAAAGUCAUUUGAUAAAUGGCAAAGUAUAGUUAAUGGUGUAAUUAAAGUCGAUUGGACUUUGGAACAACAUAUUGAGAAAUCUGAACGUACAUACCGUGGUAGAGAACUUCCAGGGUUUGUCAAUUACAAAACCUUUGAAAACAUUGUAAGACAGCAAAUUAAGCAACUAGAAUCCCCAGCAAUUAAAACGUUGAAAGAAGUUUCAAAAUUGGUGCAGAAAGCAUUUAUUAAUCUUGCUAACCAACACUUCAAAAAUUACUCUGAACUCUGCAAAGCUACUCUGAGCAAUAUUGAAGAAAUAAAGCUUACACAAGUGAAAGCAGAAGAUAUGAUACUCACUCAGUUUAAACUGGAAGAAGUGGUAUACUGCCAGGACAAUAUUUAUAGUGAAGAUUUAAAAAAUGCAAGAGGGGAAACAAUUCCUAAUUCAUAUCCAAAAAUGAAUGCGAAAGAACUGUGCUCAAAGAAGGAAAUGCUUUUCCACUUGACUGCCUACUCCAAAAGUGUAAAAACCCGUCUUGGGACUCAGAUUCCCAUGAUCAUACACACAUACGUGUUCAAGGAUUUUUCUGAGAAGUUACAGGACUCAAUGUUGCAACUUUUGCAAGACAGAGAUAAGUUGGGAAUUCUCCUUCAUGAGAAUAAGAAUACUAUCAAUAUAAGAAAUUGUUUAAAAGAAAGGAUCAAGCGACUUUAUGAAGCUCAAGAACAGUUGGCAAAAUACUUCAAUUGAACAGAUGGUUAAUAUUUUUAUAUUAAAACUCUUCAACUUCAACUACUGAAGCUGUUCCUGAGAGGAGACAAAGAGAAAAUGAUAAGAAAUCAAUUUGUGGGAUAUUAUUUGAUGGAAUUAAAGACCAAGUUUCUUAAAAGUAAACAAAAGGACUAUAAAGUGCAUUUAUUUGAUAAAGGUUGUUUCUGGUAGCUAUUAAUGGGAUUUCUUUUUGACUGGGAUUGAAUGACAACGUUUUAAAGAUUUGUUUAUAAAUG